AUGAAUGCUACUUAUUACCCACCUGUGGUAAAUCAUCAUAGACCUACUUCAUCUUUUCAUUAUGCUCCAACUACAACCAAUAAUUAUCAACCACAACAACAACCACCACAACAACAAUCAGUUUAUCAACAUGGACAUAGUCAGUCUUAUUAUCAACCACAAACUUCUAACUUGAGUCAAGUUUAUACUCAACCACAACAACAACAAACACAAUUACCACCUCCUCCACCACAACCUAUUCAUUAUCAAGCACCACCACCAUUGAUUUUACCUGUUAAUCAAUUACCUCCACCUACAUUACCACCAGUUGCACAACAUCAAGAACAAAUAAUACCGACACAACAAGUUGCACAACAACCAGAAGUAAAUGGUGGAAUUAAUUCGGUAUUAGAAUAUGAUUUAAAUCAAAUGUCAUCAUUUUUAGGUUGGUGUACAUUUGGAAUGUUAAAACAACAAACAAGUCCAUCAAAAGAUUUUGAUAAUUUGAUAUCAUCAGUAUUAUUUGCAACAAGAUUACCAAAAUCAACAAUUAUAAUAGCAUUAGAAUAUAUGAAUCAAAGAUUUUCAUCAAAAUUUAUUCAAAAAAAUUUAGCAGAAACUGAAAUUUUUAAUUUCUUAGUGGUGAGUUUAGUAUUAGCAAAUAAAUUUAAUGAUGAUAAUACAUUUACAAAUAAAUCAUGGUGUGGAGCAACAGGAUUACAAAUUUUAAAAUUAAAUAAAUUAGAAAAUGAAUGGUUAGAAGAAAUAAAAUGGAGUUUAUCUAUAAUAAAUUUUGAAUCUAAUAUUUUAAUUUUAAAUGAAUGUUGGAAAACUUGGUGUGAAAAAUAUAGCACUAGUGGAUCUACUAAAUUAUCACCAAUUAUUACAAAUAAUUCAAAAUAUAAUAACUACAAUUCAAAUCAAAUUAAUCCUCAAAAUGUUUAUUCCACUCCAACUAUUUCUCCAUCUUCAAUGACAUUUGAUUAUCAAUCUUCAUCAUCACCAAAUUCAUAUACUUCAAAUUAUGGUUAUAAUUAUCAACAACAACAACAACAACAAAUACAAAAUCAUUACCACCAAAAUCAACAACAAUAUUUAUCAUCAUCACCAAUUUAUCAAGAUCCAUAUUCUACAACUGGUCAAUACAAUAAUAAUGUUCAAUAUUACCCACCACAAUCUACUUAUCAACAACAUCAUUAUCCAUAUUCUAAUUUUAAUCAAAUUCCAUAUAAUAAUAGAUUCUAUAUGGCUUGUUAG